CGGAAACGUGUCCUCAUGCGGAUGCGGAUUUGCAGAGAUUGAAAAGAAAAGUUGGGAGAAAAUCCUAGAAUCCGGGAAUUCAGCCCCAAAACGAGAAUCCAGGUCUGAAGGCGAACCAGGAAUAGGGUUCCUAAAUGGCCCAGGUGGAUGAUGGGUGCUUGGGGCAAGACACUCUUACCCCUUGUCCAGACUGCCCCAGCGAUGACUCUGAGCUUUCAAUGGGAGCUGAGACCUUUGCCCGAGGCUGUGACUGCGUCUCCAUUUCCUCCUUCCCUGGUGAGCGACAGGUCCAGGAGGAUACAGCAUCCUUGGUUUCCACGGCAACACUGGUACCCGAGUGUAUCUAUAUCCCUCCAUCGGGGUUUCAGCUACUCUCAGACCAGGAGCUUGCGCAGCACAAGGUGGCCCUGCAGAGCACCAGUGAGCGGCUAGACAAGGUGACCAGGGAAAGAGAGGCUCUGCAGGAGGCUCUGCGUUGCAGCACAGAGGACUGUGCUAAUCAGGUUAAUGUUCUGUUGGACCAGAUCAAAAGUUCAGAGAAGCUUCUAGAUGGACUUCAGAGCAACAUGUCUGAUACACAGCAGAAAACCGCACGGCAAAUGGCUGCACUGACAGCGUCCUUCAAUCGCUUGUGUCAGGAAGUGAAUAUCCUUAGUGAAGAAAACGAAAAGUUAAGAGCUAUUGGGGGCGCAACGUCUCCCGAGGAGCAAACGCCAGCCGUACAGACAUCCUCGGUUCAGAGGGCAGCACAAUACCGACAGGAAAGGCUGUGUAUUGAGAUCGUUAGUCUGCAGGAGGAGUUGAAGUCAGAGCAAGCGGCCAAGCAAGGUUUGGAGGAGCAGUUUCAGAGAGAAAAGGAAACUCAUACGGAAGAGAAGGGUAGAUCUUGGAAGGUAAAAUAUUGUGAUUGUGAUCUUAAACUACGUUUACACAAUGUGUGUCCAAACCGUGUAUUGCAUGUGGGAAUUCGGAAAAUUACAUUAAAAAAUGUGAUCCCACUUCAGGCACCAUACUGCAUGUUUAAUGGGACUGGGAAUACGGGGGGAGGUAGGUUAGGCCACCAAUAUAUUUGUUUGUCACUAAUAUUUAACUUACUUGUAGCUACACUCUCCAGUCUCCGCACAGAAAUGGAUCGAAUUCAGCAGGAGAGAAAGCAGACAGACCUGCAGCUUCAAGAAUCAGAAAGUCAGGUUCAAAAGCUCUGGGACUCUCUCGGUGAACAGGAGAAAAUCCUUCAGGAAGAGCGGGAGGAGAAGGCUUCUCUUCAUGAGACUCUCCUAGAGGAGAGGAAUAAAAUAUUUAGACUACAGACAGACCUGGCGACCAGUGAGGAGGUUCAACGGGACUUUGUCCGUCUGUCGCAGUCACUGCAGGUCAGCUUGGAGAAGAUACGACAAGCCAAAUCCCUGAAAGAGGUUCAGGACAUUUUGGAGGGGACUCGACUUACAGAUGUGAACCAGCUCCGUGACACUUGACUGUCUCGUCAUGAACUUUUGGCUCUUUAAAACCUGCCGAUACUGGAUCAAAUCUGUAUAUUUUGUAGAUAAUUUAAUCAACCAAGAUUCUAACAGCUACUUAAUUUGUCAUAGAAAUUUCAAAUACAGUAAGAACUGGAGGCAGCUGUAAUCUAACUUUGGGAAACUCAGCGAUAUGACCUCCAGAAAACGAACUGACGAUGUAAGGCCAGAGGUCCGCAUUGUCCGUGGGCAUUGAAGUUGCACUAUUUUCUGGAAAAUGCCAAUUUUAUUGCCAAAUACAUUUUAUAUUGUUCACGUGAACUACAUUCAGUAGCACGCCACUAAGAUACUGUUUGGGUGGUUAUACAAUGAGAAGCCAGUGACCAAGUACCUCUGGAGGACUUUGAUGGCGUGAAGUUUCAGGAAGCAGUACUAGCUGUAGGCUCACAAGACCCUCAAGACAUGGAGUUUUAAUUUAAUCAGAUUUAAUGACUGUAUUCCUUUCAAGGGAUGUGAUCAAGUUUGAAACUGGAUUUAUUGAAAAAUCAAACCAUGUAACUACAUGUGGGAAGUCCUGGCUGAUAAAAUGUGGAAUAAACAAAGAAUCUUCAUAAUUGUUCUUCCUUUGGUGCUGGAAUACACGAUCUAUUUAAAAAGGAACAUUGGCCAAGCUGUUUACGAGUUCCUAUUCACUUCCUGAAUGUCGGCCAUGUUAAACAUGUGUGAAGCGAAGAAGAAUAUAAGAUCUAGUAGUUAAAGGGACACUAUAGUCACCAGAACAACUACAGCUUAUUGAAUUUGUUCUGGUGAGUAGAAUCAUUACCUUCAGGCUUUUUGCUGUAAACACUGUCUUUUCAGAGAAAAUGCAGUGUUUACAUUACAGCCUAGUGAUAACUUCACUGGCCACUCCUCAGAUGGCUGUUAGAGAUCCUUCCUGGGUCAUGGCUGCCUAAAAUGCAUCCAAACAUUCAGUGUCUCCUCCCUCUGUAUGCAGACACUGAACUUUCCUCAUAGAGAUUCAUUGAUUCAAUUCAUCUCUAUGAGGAGAUGCUGAUUGGCCAGGGCUGUGUUUGAAUCAUGCUAGCUCUGCCCCUGAUCUGCCUCUUUGUCAGUCUCAGCCAAUCCUAUGGGGAAGCACUGUGAUUGGAUCAGGCUACCACUUCUGAUGAUGUCAGCAGACUGCUUGUUUUUUUUGAGGCAAACAGCAUGCAGAGUUACAGCUUCUGGCUUGAAUACAGUAAGAUUUUGCUAUAUUUAUGGAGGCAUGAGGGGCCCAGGGGGGCUAGAUGGUGGUUUUAACACUAUAGGGUCAGGAAUACAUGUUUGUGUUCCCGACCCUAUAGUGAUUCUGUUAUGUCAGCCUACAUCGUAUGUUUUCACCUACUCUUCCUGUCCUCUCAGUAUCGGACAUUACUCUCUGCUGUUUAUAAACUAAAAAAUGUGCAGUGUAUUUGAAUGCCGCAUCAAUGUUUUAACUCAGAAUUUUCGAGGCUUGUGAAAGCUGUUGUGGCUCCACAAGCAUGUUGUUAUUCA